AAAAGACUGAAAAGUCGUCUAGGACGCCUAAAAUUCAAGAGCCAGAAGAAGAAUGUGGUAAGUACUAAAUGAGAAGGGUCAUACCGUUUAAAAAUUAGUGAAUGAGAAAGGCCCUUCAGAAUAAGUGAGAUGGAUUUGCUUGUUUCUGCAGUUGAGACAAUUAUGUGAACUUCGUAAAGUGGGCAGGCAGCCCCCUGAGCAUUGAGGGCACUUUGCCAAACACGUAUUCUAGGGUGGUUCGUAGUUUCUGCGUUGAUGGGCGCGUAGUUGAGUCUGCGCAACGCAGGGGUUCUCUGCUCUACGAAGUUUCUCGGGUAGAAUCAUAGGAAUACACUGACGACGGACCGAGAAUAUUCGUGAUUACAUCGGGAUUUACGCUCCAGGUGCUGAGCAGUGCUGUCCAGCGUGUGUGUUGAAGGGGACCGGUACUGGACACAAUGUCGGGGUACCCCUACAUCCGCACAGGGAGAGGGGGUGCUGGAGGGGUGCGCUUCAAGAGGAGGAAGUCCCGCUUCUCCUUCGAGGAGGUGCAGCUCAUGCUUAACGAAGUGAGGAGGAACCGCCACAUCCUCGUUGGCAAGUUUAAUCGCGGCGUGUCGUCGGACAUCAAGAAGCGCACGUGGGCCUCCAUCACGGCGCGCAUCAAUGAGAUCAGCGAGUGCCCACGCGAGAUCCUGGAGAUCAUCAAGAAGUGGUCCGACCUCAAGUGCGACACCAAGCGCAAGGUGGCGGCCAUGCGUGCCUCGGGAGCCUCGUCUGCCCGCGUGGCCCGCGACCUCUCGCCCAUCGAGGCCAUGGUGCACCAGAUCCUGCAGAUGCCCACCCCCGGGUCCGCCGACGCGCAGCCCUACGGCGGCCCGUUUGGCGAGGGGGACGAGGGAGACGACGACAGCAUGGGACCCUUGUUGCCCCCGCCACUGCCACCCACCACGUCCAACGGGAGGAUGCUGCUGCCCGCUCCACCACCCCCACUUGCCCCUGGGGUCAUGCAUGGGCCGCCUGCUGCCGUGCCAACCAAGACUGAUUUGGGCCUGCCGAUAGACAUGAUGUAUACUAGGAACUCCCCACACCCUCUGACUGACUUCCAGUUUGAGGCUCCAGACAUAGAAGAUAGCUUGAUAAAGUUUGACGACGGCCAGCCCGGCCGGGAACGAGGCGCAGUGAUCCUGGACGCCGCCACGGGCCUCUUGUCCGACCUGGAACGCCCCCGCCCCGACUCCAACCCACGGGGCCUCGGCGGCGGCUCCUUCGCGGCCCCCUCUACUCCUUCCGUCUCGGCACCGUCCCCCCCGGUUCCGCCUCCUCCGCGGCCGGGCUCGGCGGCGACGGCGAUGCCCCCCCAGCAGAGCGGCUUGCUGCAGGAACAGCUGGCCCAGAGCGCCACGCUGAGUCUGCAGGAGCAGCAGGCGGCCACGGCGCUCAUGGGCUCCAUCUCGCGCUCACUGGAGGCCAUGUCCGAGUCCGUGCAGCAGCUGGUGGAGACCCAGCAGACCUUCGUGCGCGACUCCCUGCAGCUGCAGCGCGACGCGCUCCACGUGCUGCGCGACUUCACCGCCGGUGCGCUUACGCUCAUGCAGGACAAGCUCAACGGGCGCCCGCUCCUGCCUUAGCUCCCUGGAUGGGCACCUGGGUAUGGGGGAGGUCUGUAGGACCCCACGUUUUUUGCGGAAAUUUUCUUGGAUGAAAAGAUUUUUUUGCCUUGCGUUUAAAGAAAAAAACUAAUUUAAAGGUGCCGUGUGUAAGAUUUAGUGGCAUCUAGCAGUGACGUUGCAGAUUGCAACUGACUGAAUACCCCACCCUCACCCUUUUCUACUACUUCCAAAAUGAUGUCAUCAUUUGCGACCGCAUUGAGUAGCCAUAAUAUGUGAAGAAAUGUAUUAACUUAAAGUUUGGCUAUGUUAGUUGUUGCUCUAAAGCCUUGUUUAACGUUACACUUUUAUUGGAUAUAAUGUUCGGCAGCUGUGGGCUGAUCUCACUAUGUUACACUUGAACAGUAUAUUACAGUUCUGCUAAUAGAUCCCCCUACACCCUACACACUGCACCUCUAAAAGGUAGUUAACCAAGGAUAUCUAUCGUCAUGGAAACACUGGUAAAGUUUCGAGAAAUGAUCAUUCUUUUAUUAGACCUGGAACAUUUUUUUAAAAUGCCAAAUGGACUCUCAAAUUCUGGGAUAUUUUUUAAGUCAAUGUAUUUUAUGAAUCCUUCCAUAGAUAUGUCCCCAUGUAUCCGUCAUGUAAUUUCAUGUCAUUCCGUAAUGCUUCAGUUAAGAGUUUGCAAAGCUGACGCAAUCAAGCACUGAAAUAUGAUCAUGGACAUUUGAACAGAAUACCCUUAAACUGUGUUGAUUUUAGACAGUAAAAAAAAAGACUGGGAUCUAAAAAAAAAACGAACAGCCUACCAACACUACUCAGACUGAUUUCAUGAAUGAGCCCGGGGCCAACGUUAGCCGUUCAGUGGCAUGUUCAAAGCAGUGCGCAGGGUGCCGCUGUUCUCAGGUCAGUUUCGUUCUUCUCUCUCAGUGACACUCUCACCCAGCUUCACUGGUCAAAAAGAAUGCGAACGAGUAAAGCCAAGAGGCCUGCAGAAUGCAGCAACGGGCCCUCGUCUCCGUACUGAUGCAGUCAGAAUACAGCAACGGGCCCUCGUCUCAGAACUGAUGCAGUCAGACCCUCCUUGUUUCUCCUCCUCAUGCGGUUAACGCAAUACAGUGCAAGGGUGUUGUCUGAGUCGUUGCUACAGUUUGCAUCGGGUGGUGACUACAUUCAACGGUGGCCUAAUUGAGUGUAUAUAGAGGUGUCCAUAUUGACUGUACACAGCAGAGAUAUGUAUAUUGUGGUAAGCUUGUAUGGGAAUGUGAGAAUAUGAGUAAUAAUAAUAAUAUGAUAAUGAGUGCUGGGAUGAGAUCAAGGUUCAUCGUGGGGGUUUCAACCCCUUGUACCCUAGACUGCAGAAUAAGAUUCUCCAGCUCCAUUGUAUUAUGUCUUUUAUCACAUGGACACAUAUAUAAUAUCCUCCCUGCCUUUGUGGUGCAUAUGUUGGCAGCCAGAGGCUCCAGAAAUGAAAGGUAGGAGUAUAAAUGUAGCGACAUGUUAAUUCCACUGUACUGAAAUCAGCUUGAAUGACUUUCAGGAAUCCUGAUAGAUAACUUUAUUUAAAACGACGAAUGGAAAUACUGUGGAAGAAGUAAAGACACAUAAGCUUUAGAGAUAUAAACUUGAGAUAAUGUCAGACAGUCAGCACAAUUCACACAGACUGCUGAUUGGCUGCUGUUUCUGGUCAGUAUGGUGAGGUGUUUCCUGUUGCAUCAUUUCCUGUUCCUCUGGGUUGACAGCAGUAGCUGGACGGUUAUCCAAAGUGUUCUAAUGCAUCACCUUCAAGGUGAUGUCCACCUAUGCCCUGUUUGCAGCCCCUGUACUGCUAGUAAGAUGACUGUAAUUUAACCUUUGACCUCUGAGUUGGGUUUAAGUUAAGUGUUGUAUGAAUAGGGAGUGCUGAACCCCAAAACCUUGUUCCCUUAUUUAUCUCCACGUUUGGAAUCCCAGGCAUAAGAUGUUUUAUUUGUUAACUCUUGCUUUGAUAGACUUGAACUAACAUCUUUCUUCCCGUUUUUUUUCUAACAGGACUAAUGUCAUACUUGUAUUAAAAGAUGGUAUUAUUGCAAUGACAACUUUGUGACCAGUUCAGAGGGGGUGAAAAUAAAUGCAUUUCCACUAAACAGUCGCCCUGUACUUGUGAACCUAUAGAUAUUUUAUAUUUCCAUAGCUAUACUGUACUGGUGAACCUAUAGAUCUUUUAUAUUUCCAUAGCUAUACUGUAUUUGUGAACCUAUAGAUCUUUUAUAUUUUUAUAGUAAUACUGUACUGGUGAACCUAUAGAUCUUUCAUAUUUCUAUAGCUAUACUGGAUUCAGCCAGUUCAGCCAGUUUUUUGCAAUUCUGCUGUUUGUAAAUUCAAAGCAAAAUCAGUGAUUUACUUAUGUUUUUGCGACGCUGAAUAUACAUAUAUUUUUUUGUUUUGUUAUUGAUGUGGGUCUUGUUGUUGUUAUUGAUAUGGGUCUUGUUGUUGUUGUCGCAAUGAAUUGUGGGAUGGCAUUAUCUACUUUCCUUUCGUAAAGGAUGGUCCAAUGUGUACCCUAUGCCAUGCAUUUAGCUCUUAGCAUGGCUGCCACUUAGAUACUUCCGGGUCAUUUCACUCCAUUAUCACAUUUCCUAAGUAAAAAAGACCAUUUGACCACAGCCUCUGUGUCAACCACUUCCUCUGCUUAAGAUGUGGAUUGACGACUGUCGGUAGAGGAUGGGUGGUAAGCAGACAAUCGGUGGUAAGUAAAGAAGUAAUUCUGGUCUCUGAUUGGUUAAGACCUGUCACCUGACCGGAACGGAAAACACAAUACGCUAAUAUCAGGACCUUUAUUUUUUUAUUGAGUAACGGUGUCGAUUGCCUGAUUUUUAAACAGUCUGUAAACAUUCUGUGAAGUUAUACGGCUUAAUACUCAAUUGACUUGUAAACCGACGAUCGGUGGUAACCGGAAGUAAUUAUGGUGUCUGACUGACCCAUCAGAGACCAGUUACCACCGAUUGUCUGCUUACCACCCAUCCUCUACCGACAAUGACCAUUACAUUUGCUUGACGUUCACGACAUAGCCUGAUCUAUAACCGUUAUCUAAUUAAUAUUGAAAUGAAUUACUUACACAUUGUGUAAUUUUGCCUUGCCGAAAUUGUAAAUAGUGUUAAUACUCUUCAUUAUUUUAAAGCAAGGCAUAUUGUUUCGUCCAACUGUUAAUUCAGCAGUUCGUCUUGCAUGGAGAUGGCAUUUCAAGAUAAAAGCCGUUCCUAAAUUCAUGCAUAGUAAUAGUAAAAUAUCAUUGAAGUAAGGCCAGGUGUGGUCAACAAAAAAUCUCAAAAAAUGUUCACAACUUUUUAGAAAUCGGCACCACAAAUUUAGUUUGAUCGCAAACAAUAA